AUGUUGCUAGGGCUUCUCCUAUUUUGUGCAGUAGCACGGGCAAACUGCAAGGCCGGGAACACGCCCUCACAAGACGGGACGACGUGCGAGCCGAAUGCAAACGGAUGUGCCAAAGCCUUGACCGACGCCGGCUGUGCGACCUGCACCCCGGCGGGUGACGACCAGACGUGCCUCACCUGCAACCCCGGUUCAAACAAGGUCAGGCCGGACAGGAAGGGCUGCAUCGCUUCGUGUCCCGCCAACUCGAACGAGGCAGGAGGAAUCUGCACGUGCACGGCCGGGAACACGCCCUCACAAGACGGGACGACGUGCGAGCCGAAUGCAAACGGAUGUGCCAAAGCCUUGACCGACGCCGGCUGUGCGACCUGCACCCCGGCGGGUGACGACCAGACGUGCCUCACCUGCAACCCCGGUUCAAACAAGGUCAGGCCGGACAGGAAGGGCUGCAUCGCUUCGUGUCCCGCCAACUCGAACGAGGCAGGAGGAAUCUGCACGUGCACGGCCGGGAACACGCCCUCACAAGACGGGACGACGUGCGAGCCGAAUGCAAACGGAUGUGCCAAAGCCUUGACCGACGCCGGCUGUGCGACCUGCACCCCGGCGGGUGACGACCAGACGUGCCUCACCUGCAACCCCGGUUCAAACAAGGUCAGGCCGGACAGGAAGGGCUGCAUCGCUUCGUGUCCCGCCAACUCGAACGAGGCAGGAGGAAUCUGCACGUGCACGGCCGGGAACACGCCCUCACAAGACGGGACGACGUGCGAGCCGAAUGCAAACGGAUGUGCCAAAGCCUUGACCGACGCCGGCUGUGCGACCUGCACCCCGGCGGGUGACGACCAGACGUGCCUCACCUGCAACCCCGGUUCAAACAAGGUCAGGCCGGACAGGAAGGGCUGCAUCGCUUCGUGUCCCGCCAACUCGAACGAGGCAGGAGGAAUCUGCACGUGCACGGCCGGGAACACGCCCUCACAAGACGGGACGACGUGCGAGCCGAAUGCAAACGGAUGUGCCAAAGCCUUGACCGACGCCGGCUGUGCGACCUGCACCCCGGCGGGUGACGACCAGACGUGCCUCACCUGCAACCCCGGUUCAAACAAGGUCAGGCCGGACAGGAAGGGCUGCAUCGCUUCGUGUCCCGCCAACUCGAACGAGGCAGGAGGAAUCUGCACGUGCACGGCCGGGAACACGCCCUCACAAGACGGGACGACGUGCGAGCCGAAUGCAAACGGAUGUGCCAAAGCCUUGACCGACGCCGGCUGUGCGACCUGCACCCCGGCGGGUGACGACCAGACGUGCCUCACCUGCAACCCCGGUUCAAACAAGGUCAGGCCGGACAGGAAGGGCUGCAUCGCUUCGUGUCCCGCCAACUCGAACGAGGCAGGAGGAAUCUGCACGUGCACGGCCGGGAACACGCCCUCACAAGACGGGACGACGUGCGAGCCGAAUGCAAACGGAUGUGCCAAAGCCUUGACCGACGCCGGCUGUGCGACCUGCACCCCGGCGGGUGACGACCAGACGUGCCUCACCUGCAACCCCGGUUCAAACAAGGUCAGGCCGGACAGGAAGGGCUGCAUCGCUUCGUGUCCCGCCAACUCGAACGAGGCAGGAGGAAUCUGCACGUGCACGGCCGGGAACACGCCCUCACAAGACGGGACGACGUGCGAGCCGAAUGCAAACGGAUGUGCCAAAGCCUUGACCGACGCCGGCUGUGCGACCUGCACCCCGGCGGGUGACGACCAGACGUGCCUCACCUGCAACCCCGGUUCAAACAAGGUCAGGCCGGACAGGAAGGGCUGCAUCGCUUCGUGUCCCGCCAACUCGAACGAGGCAGGAGGAAUCUGCACGUGCACGGCCGGGAACACGCCCUCACAAGACGGGACGACGUGCGAGCCGAAUGCAAACGGAUGUGCCAAAGCCUUGACCGACGCCGGCUGUGCGACCUGCACCCCGGCGGGUGACGACCAGACGUGCCUCACCUGCAACCCCGGUUCAAACAAGGUCAGGCCGGACAGGAAGGGCUGCAUCGCUUCGUGUCCCGCCAACUCGAACGAGGCAGGAGGAAUCUGCACGUGCACGGCCGGGAACACGCCCUCACAAGACGGGACGACGUGCGAGCCGAAUGCAAACGGAUGUGCCAAAGCCUUGACCGACGCCGGCUGUGCGACCUGCACCCCGGCGGGUGACGACCAGACGUGCCUCACCUGCAACCCCGGUUCAAACAAGGUCAGGCCGGACAGGAAGGGCUGCAUCGCUUCGUGUCCCGCCAACUCGAACGAGGCAGGAGGAAUCUGCACGUGCACGGCCGGGAACACGCCCUCACAAGACGGGACGACGUGCGUAUCAGAGACGGCCUGCAAUACUCCCAACUGCAAGGCAUGUGAUAACCCGAAGACUGACAGAGAGGUCUGUACUGAAUGUAAUGAUAAAAGUUAUCUCACUCCAACAAAUCAGUGCGUAUCCGACUGCACGGCCAUCAGCGGAUACUAUGGAGAUACUGACAGGAAGUGUAAGGCAUGCAGCCCUGAGUGCGCUGAGUGCGUUGGGCCAGCCAACAAUCAGUGUAGUGCUUGUCCUGCUGGCAAGGCAUUAAUAUACAAAAGUAGUGAUCCUAUGCAAGGGGGCACCUGCGGGGAUGCGUGUACGGCGGACAAGAACGGAUGUAAGGUCUGUGGGGCAAGGAUCGGCGGGACAGACUACUGCUCCCAGUGCUCAGUGGAUAAUCAGGCUCCUCUGAACGGGGUCUGUACAACAAGUAACGCACGAGUAGCUUUCUGUACUGAAAUGAAUAAUGGAGCAUGUACCAAAUGCGCCGCUAACUACUUCCUCAAGGAAGGCGGCUGCUAUGAAACUACCAAGCAGCCAGGCAAACAGAUAUGCACAUUAGCUGAUAGCAAGGGUGAGUGCGAAACAUGUGCCAAUGGUCUUCAGCCCAAUAAUGGAGCAUGCCCCUCGUGUCAUUCGACCUGCAAGACAUGCUCGACUGCAGAUAGCUCUGAUAAGUGUACGUCAUGCGCAGCUGGGUACUAUAUGGUCGGAUCAGCAGCUGGACCAUGCACUUCGUGUGACAGCAACAGUGGAAGUGUCAAGGGAGUUGCUGGCUGCAUGAGCUGCGCUCCUCCAUCUAAUAAUCAAGGCUCCGUCCUCUGCUACCUCAUGAACGGUGACAGUGCCGGCGGAAGCACGAACAAGAGUGGCCUUUCUACCGGCGCCAUUGCAGGCAUCGCCGUGGCCGCUGUCAUCAUCGUCGGGGGCCUCGUCGGCUUCCUCUGCUGGUGGUUCCUCUGCCGCGGAAAGGCAUAG